AUGGAAAAGGACCCUGAGGCAGAAUGUCCUGUACCACUGGAUGAUUUAAAAUCUGUCGUGAACGGCAGUGAAGAAGAUGAAAAGUUGCAAGUUAAAAUCCAGGCUUUUGAAGAGAAAAUCAAUGUGGACAACAGCACCCCCGGCUCAGUGAGGAGAUACAGCCUGGGCCAGGUCUCUAAAGAAGAAAGGAAGGAUAUGAGGUUUAACAGGUCCAAGAGCCUGGCCCUGCACACGCUCAGGGUGAAGGGGCUGAGCUCAGAGGGAGGGACAGACGAGGACAGUGGGGACAUCCCUGCUGGCAUCUCCUUCUCCGAGCUCUGCCUCAGCCAGGAGCAGCAGCAGGAGCCCUGUGGGGUGCAGGCCGAGGCAGGGCCCCUGGGCAGCUGCCUGCUCUCACCGCACAGUGCUGAGCAGCCCCAGGCAGGCAGUGUGCCAGGGCUGAGCCCAGAAAAGGCCCUGCAGGGAAGGGCAGAGGCAGCCACGGGCCCUGAGCAGCACCAGGACAAGCUGUACCUGCACCUGAAGGAGAACCUGGGCAAGGUCAAGGAGUUUGUGAUGGAGAUGGGGAGGAGGAUUCCCAUCCCUGAGCAGUGUGUGAUCGAAGAUUCUGUUCAAAGCUGUGUGGCAAAGCUGUUCUUCAGCUGUCCCCUGAAGGGCCACUACUGCCUGUACAGCAAAUCCAGCUUCACCCUGGUGAGCCAGCAGCCUCCCCUCUGGAUCCACAUCAUGUUCCUGUUCCAGCAGAGCCUGUUUGCAGAACCCCUGUCCAUGCACAGCAGCUCUGUGCAAGUCCUCAGGGCGCUGUGGGAGAAGACCCAGCUCAAGGGCACGCACAGCUUUGAGACUGCCAUGAUCCAGAACACCUUCCCUCACCAGAAGGACCUGGAGAGCGUUCAGAUGCACCUGGAGGAGGUGAGGUUCUUUGACUUGUUUGGCUACAGCGAGGAGGCAGGAGCCUGGCAGUGCUUCAUGUGCAACAACCCCGAGAAGGCAACAGGCAUGAACCAGGACGGGCAGCCCCUGAUGGAGGGCAGGCUGAAGGAGAAGCAGGUCCGCUGGAAGUUCAUCAAGAGGUGGAAAACGCGCUACUUCACCCUGGCUGGCAACCAGCUGCUGUUCCGCAGGGGCAAAUCCAAGGACGACCCUGACGAGUGUCCCAUCGAGCUGAGCAAGGUGCAGAGUGUGAAGGUGCUGCCCAAGAAGCGGCGGGACCGGAGCGUGCCCCGCGCCUUCGAGAUCUUCACGGACAGCAGGAGCUACGUGCUCAAGGCCAAGGACGAGAAGAACGCCGAGCAGUGGCUGCAGUGCCUCAACGUGGCCGUGGCCCAGGCCCGCCAGCGCCACAGCCGCGAGGCCACCACCUACCUGUGACCUGUGACCCUGGGGCCAAUCCCUACCUGUGACCUGUGACACUGGGCCACCACCUACCUGUGACCCUGGGGCCACCACCUACCUGUGACCUGUGACCCUGGGGCCAAUCCCUACCUGUGACACUGGGCCACCACCUACCUGUGAUCCUGGGCCACCAAACCCUGCCCAAGUGGCACCACAGGGCCACCCUGAGGCCACCCCAGGGCCAAUGGGGCACAGAGCAGGGAGAGUGCCUGCAGGGCCACAGGGACAAUGGCAUCUCACCUGUCAGGAUAACCAACAACAGAGCUCUGGCAGCCAGGGAGACACCAGGAACACUCUGGGACAAUGUCCCACCGUGGGAGCCAUGGGGACACUGCCCCAGGAGCAGCUGCCACCUUCCCUGGGGACACUCUGGGGUUCUUCUGAUGACCUGCCAGCCAGGGAAGGUGGUUAGAAACCCAGCCCUGAGGUGCACCAGGUCUCUGACACUGCCAAGAGAAUGCCAGCAGUGAGGACUUUCUGCUUUCCUCAAUCAUUCAAUGUAAAAAGUUAAUUUUCCUUAUUUAAUCCCAGUGGACUUUAUCCUUUUAUUAUUUAUGUGUGUCCAUGCUGCUGCUGCUGUCAGAUUUAAAUUGGGAAAUUUGAAAGAUUUUGUAUGGCUGGAAAAUAAUUUUAAAUAUUUAACUGGUUUGAUUUUCCCUCUUUUUUUCCUUCUUUCACUCUACUUUGUAACUGAAUGUAAUUUUAAAAUUUUCCUUUUUUUUUUUUUUUAAAUUCUCUUCUCCAUUCUGUAACUUUUCAAAAUUUCUGCAAAUCUGGAAAACACCCCGUUUGUUUGAUUUUCUUUGUUACUUUCAAAUGAUUCCAAAGUGAAGGAAGUGCUGUAGAAGAGACUGAAAGGAAAAAAGGUGGGCAAAAAAAAGAAUGAGGAGCCUGCAGGUGAUGAAAUGAGC